AUGUGUAUGAAUCGACCAAAAUAUCAAGAAUCUCAGUCAGAACCAAACAAACUUGAACUUCCUUUACAGAUGCCUUCCACUAAAUUUGAUCUAGAAAAGCAACAAUCACAGUCACAUGACAAACAACACUGUGCAAAUAAGAGAAAUUAUCUUUAUAAGUUGAUUUUUUUAUUCAACUUCAUUAGUUUGUUAAUACUAGGGUUGGUAUAUUAUUCCACAGAAGUAAAUCCUCAGAUUUCUGCCAACCUAAACGAAUUAUUAUAUAAGAUGGAGAAAUGCAAUGAUUUAUAA